CAGAGGGCGCCAGCUGCGGAGCCGCACGCUGAGUCGCGAGGCCCAACGAAGCACAGCGCCGCCCCACUCGCUCCAGCAGCCGCCAUGAAGGCCGUGGUGCAGCGCGUCACCCGGGCCAGCGUCACAGUUGGAGGGGAGCAGAUAAGUGCCAUUGGACAGGGCAUUUGUGUGUUGCUGGGUAUUUCCCUGGAAGAUACACAGAAGGAACUGGAGCACAUGGUCCGAAAAAUUUUAAACCUUCGUGUGUUUGAAGACGAGAGUGGGAAGCACUGGUCCAAGAGUGUGAUGGACAAACAGUAUGAGGUACUAUGUGUCAGCCAGUUUACUCUCCAGUGUGUCCUGAAGGGGAAUAAGCCUGACUUCCACCUGGCAAUGCCCACAGAGCAGGCAGAAGGCUUUUACAACAACUUCCUGGAGCAGCUGCGUAAGACCUACAGGCCGGAGCUCAUCAAAGAUGGCAAGUUUGGUGCCUACAUGCAGGUGCACAUUCAGAAUGAUGCGGCCUGGACCAUAGAACUGGAAUCCCCAGCUCCUGCCUGCUUAACCUCUUGA